CAUCAUUCGAACAAACCGCAUCGUACGACAGAUGCGAGUAACGAAAUGAAUUUGUGAGUACCGAAUCGGUACUUCGAGUCAACCGAUGUACCCGUUACUCAGUAACGAAUACAUGCGGUUUGCUCCAGCUCUAUUAUUUACUGUUUGACUGUGUGACAGAUUCCUCCUUGUUUUGACAGAUUCCUCCUUGUUUUGACAGAAUCCAUUAAAUGAUUAGUAUCAUUAUAAAUCUUCAUUUAAAAAUGAAUGCUGCAACUUGCUGCUGAUCAGCUGUUUAACUUUUAAUUUAAAAAUAUUUAUUCCGUGAUAGCAAGAAAAUAGCAGGACAUGGAACCAGGUGUUGCUGAGUUACUAGAAGCAUCUGUAAAACUGAGCUGCAGCAUGGAAACUAGGACAAGAGCUUUAAUUUUGUUCCACCAUUUUAUAACAUGUGCUGGUGAAACUAAAUAUGACACUAACCUUAUUGCUGCCACAGCACUUAGUUUAAGCAGUAGGAUUAAUGAACAGCUCAUUGAUAUGACUGAUCUUAUUAAUGUAUUUUACAGCAUUGCAAAUAAGACUACAGACCCUUUAGAUGUAGAUGAUCCAGUGUUUUUAAUGUUAAGGAGAGCUUUGAUGUCAGCAGACUAUCUUAUGAUGAGAAUGUUAGAAUUCAAUCUGACCCACCGAUUAGCUCAUCAGUAUUUGGUGCCUUUCUUCACUAUACUAUUUGAAAGAAGUACAGAAAUAUUCGAGUUUCGUCAACCUGUGAGUGAGAUAUGCAUGCAAAUUUUAUCAGAUUUUUAUAUGCAGAAGAAGUGUUUGAACUAUAGAGCAGAACAUAUUGCUAUUGCUUGUAUAAAUGCAUCAGUGACUUCUCUUGGACUUUUAAAUGAGGUGGUUAUGACUGUACCGUGGUAUCAGAAUCUGUGUGGUGAUCUGACUGUGGAAAAAGUGAAUGAAAUCACAGAAGUAAUUAUGCAGUCAUACAGAACUGUAAAACGUAUUCAAAAAGAAAAAAAUUAAACUCUCUGAAAGAAGAAAAUCUCAGAAUCUACAUUCUGAUAAAAUUUUUCAUGUCAAAUACAAUUACGAUAAAGUAUCCAAAGAUUAUCAGCCUUUAUGAAAGGAUUAAGACUAACUGGCCCAUACUAUAUGUGAAUCAUGCCAUAACCUAUUCAACUAAUGUUUCGUGACUUUAUACACUAAUAAUCUCCUGAUUUGUCAAUAGAGAAUUUAAAAGCAAAGAACAUUUUUUAUAUGUAUGUUCAUGGAUCUAUGCAUAUGAGCUUGAAAUAAAAUAGCAGUCAACUGUAGGGUUAGCCAAAUCCAACAAAAGUUGUUCACGGGAGAAACACAUCAAAUAGUUGCCUGUUUCUUCGGCAUUACCGGUCACGAAUGAAGUAAGAUUUUUAAUCUUUGAAUGAAAAAUACUGCAAAAAAUAGAUGAAUUUUGCUUAACCAUGAAAUAUGUAAAAGAUACAUACAACCUAAUAUUGUCCAAGGCAUCAAAUCUUUUCGUAUCAGGUGGCUUGGACAUAUUUUUAUAUGUAACAACUUGAAUCCUGUUAAAAAGGUAAUUUUUGCAAGUGUAGAGGGUAUCAGGAAAAGAGGAAGACUUCACACAAGAUGGGUAGACUGUGUGGAGGCAUAUGUCAGGUCUAAAAAUCAAUCAUUGGAGACCAUAGCGACUAAUCAGAUCCAUUGGAGGGAGCUUAUUGAGACGGCCUUUGCCGUGUCAAGCUGUAGUGCAAUUGAAGAAGAUUCCGGUACAUUACCUAUCACACACAUGCUGUCUGGAGAAUCACAACAUGGUCAAUGAUAAUACUUUAGUACCUUGGUAUGAGGGUUGCUAUGUAGUAUAUAAAUACAAUCAGGUGUACAGUACAAAUUGUAUUUAAACUAUAUGUUAAAGGCAAAAUUUGAAUUUAAUAAAAAAAUUAAUAGGACUAUA